AUCAGACUCCCAACGACACACUCACAAAUCCAUCCGCAAUUGAAGGGAUUCACACUGUCAAACAAAAUCAAGGAUCAAAAAGACCCAGGGAAAGACUUCACAAUGGAUUACGACUCAGACAGGGAGGAUCUGCCCUGCCGCAUGGUCCUCAAAACACAAGGCAACUUCAGAUUACUCAACCCUCAGCCUCCCUUGACCGCGAAACUCGACAAAAUGAAGGCUAUUGCAUCACGAUAUUUUAACAAAGGAUGGGUGCCCGUAAUACGCCCGGUUCCAUCCCCCUCCGACGUCCGGCAUGCCUGCCGCGCCAUGGACAAGGGGCACAAUGGCAUAUGGACAGGCAGUGUGUUCCACCCACCAUCCGCAAACUCGGACCCGUACGACGUCUUUCCGCUCAGGCGUGUCAACGGCGUAUCGUCCAGCCGGUUCAUUGAUCGCUUCUGCAUCCGCCGCCGCCACGUGCCCCAUGUGUCCCCCCUGAAGACCAUGGCUGUCUUCACCGAUGGCUCCUGUUACCACCAAUGGAAGCCGCGCGCAAUGGGCGGUUGCGCCUUCGUCAUCAACCGCAACGGCUCGCUGGCGCCUUGCUCCACGCCGGGCACCUUCCGCUUCCCCUUGGAAAGUGUCGGCCCGGACGGCUGGGAAAUCCCCGCGACGGCGAACCGCGCCGAGAUCCGUGCCGUGGUUGGCUUCCUGGAGUUUCGCCCAUGGAUGGGCGAAGGUUGGGAGCGGAUCGUGGUUGUCACGGAUUCGACCUACGUGGCGAACUGUGCGACGCGGUUGAUGCCGCUGUGGGCCGGGCGAGCAUGGCUGAUGGCGGCAGGGAAGCCCGUGGCGAACAGGGACCUGUUGGAGAGGUUGAGCACUGCGCUCGGAGAGUAUGCGAGGGCAGGCUGUGAGGUCUCGUUCUGGGUGGUGCCGCGACGGUUUAAUGGGUUAGCGGACGCGGCGGCGAAGGCGGCGGCACAGGAGGAGAUGGCUCGACGUCCCGGCGUUCUUAUUUGAUCUACCGGUCGUAUACAUCCAAUUUUUCGACCUUCUACUAUCACAGCAUCUGCGUUUAGGACUCAUCCUUCCUGUUCUGUUUCAGUUGUUCUUUCGAUUGAAUUGCAAGGUCCUUUGGCCUGUGUUCUGGCACCGGUUGUUCGCAGGCUUCAAGUCGUACCGAGGAUUUAUCACCUAAAGAAGGGAAAAUUGAAGAAUUUGAGGAUGAGGUUCUGCGUACGACGUUUGGCCGGACUGACCUGAAGGUGACAGGACUCGGGAGCAAGAGGACUCGGGAGGUUACCGCAAUCGCAGACGUGAGGUGACGUUGGUACCGAGCCCCACGCUAAGCUCCAUUAGGAUAAGUUAGACAGUUUGGGGCCUUCGC